UUCUUCGCGUUUUUUGACUCUCAUUGUGAGUGCAAUGACUAAAGUGCAAGUGCAAGUGUUUUAUUCAGGGAUGCGCGCGUAGUGCCAAAUAAUCUAGACAGACACACACACACACACACACACACUUGCGCACCUAUGCAGAGCACAGUAAAAGAAGACAAAAGUUAAGCUGGCAGUGAUCGGAACACUUGCAUAUAUAGCAAACAUAAGCAGCAUCUUCAAAUAGUACGUAGUCGUGUGAUGCAUUUCAAUGAUGGCUUUCCACUUAAUCAAAUCCGCACUGGAUGGCACUCAUCAUCAGCAUCAGCAUCAGUCACUGAUGCGUAAUAAUCUUGGUCUGAAUCGCAAUCAGCAGGGCAACGGCGUUAUUCUCCUAAAAUAUGAAAACAAACUAAACUCCAGCUCAUGGGAGGAUACAUUGGCGGAGCCGGAAGAACAGCAUCAACAGACACAGACACAGAUACAACCACAGCCACAGCCACAGCUACAGGCGCAGCCACAACUCCAGACAUCGUCGUUCAUCACAUCGCCAGGUCAAGGGGUCACAAGUCACAAGGCGAGCGUGACCACAGCACAGCUGCACAGCGCAUUUAGUCGUCGCAUUGCGGAGCAGCAGCAGCGGGCAAAGGGCUGCCAGAUCAGCCAGCAGGCAGACAGCGCCACAAUUGCCGGCGGAAGCUUCAGCGCCAACGGUGGCCAGGCUGCCGUUGGUGUUGGUGUCGGUGUUGGCAGCAGCGCGAGCAGCAGCAGCGAGCGGGACACUAAAUCGCCGGGACGCGAGCGCCGAGAGCCGCCAACAGCGAGCCACUCCGACGAGGAGAACUUUACUGAAGAGGAGCAGACCAGCAGCAGCGUGAGUUCAUUAAGCGCCGGCAACCAACGCAAUUCGCAAUUGCGUUCCACCUUCAACAAGGCCAAGCAGCAUUUGUCAUUUGACAAAUGGCGCACGGCUGCCUCGUCGAGCUCCUCUAGCGCCAACCCGAACACACUCACCGCCCAGCCGCAGUGCAGUCAGAGCGCCAGCCAGAACAGCAGCCGCGACAGCAACAUGAUUAUGCGACGGGCCAGCGCCUGCACGAUGCCCACCAGCUCAGGGGCAUCGGCUCAGCGUGAGGAUAAUACGGCGCCCGGUGAAUCGCCGGGCGGACGCCUUUCGCGUUGGUUCUCCAUACGCCGUGGCUCCUCGCACCAAUACGACGUGGGUGGGCGCGAUGGUCGUCAGCUGACGGGCUCCAGUUUCGAUAUGCCGGAUGCUUCUGCCGCUGCCACGCCAAAGCCAACGACAGCGAACGCGACGCUGGACGCCGCCUCGCCGCAGAAGCUGGCCAAUUUGGGCGCCAGCAAAAUGAUGCCAGGCGUACCGGAGUACGAGGACGAUGAGAACUCAGCGCCGGAGAGCAGUCGCUUCGACAUGGAUCUAAUGAUACCGCCGGGCAGUCGGGCCAACGGCACCGCACGCACCACCCACAGCCGGCUUAUAGUGCCAAUGCUGCCACCGGCGCCGCCUGGCCUCUCACAGCAGCAGCUCAAGCGCCGCCACAUCGUGGCCGCCAUUGUGCACAGCGAGAAUUCAUACGUGGCCACUUUACAACGUCUAGUCAAUGAUUACAAGAAGCCGCUGGAGGAGUGCAGUCCGCCGGUGCUGAAUCCCGUGAAGAUCGCAACGCUGUUCCAUUGCUUGCCGGACAUCCUGCACUCGCACAAGCUGUUCCGCAUCUCGUUGGCUGAAUGCGUGCGCAACUGGGAUCGAGAUGAGAAGAUCGGCGAUUGCUUUGUGAGCGCGUUUGGCAAGCCGCAGUUGCUGGAGAUAUACUCGGGCUUCAUCAACAACUUCUCUGCCGCCAUGGAGCUGGCCAAAAUGGAAGAGAAGCGUAAAUCGGCGUUAGCUGAUUUCUUCAAGGUCAAACAAAUCAGCGCCCACGAUCGCCUAUCCUUCUUCGGUCUGAUGGUGAAGCCCGUGCAGCGUUUUCCCCAGUUCAUACUCUUUCUGCAGGACCUGCUCAAGUACACGCCGCAGGGUCACCACGAUCGCAUGUCCCUGCAACUGGCGCUGUCGCAGCUGGAGCUGCUCGCCGAGCUACUGAACGAGAGCAAGCGCGUGGCGGAGCAGUAUCAGGCCUUCAAAGAGAUGCUGGGCCAUAUAAGCGGCACGUUCAACACGCGCUCCCUCAACAGUGUCAGCGACAGCUGCGGAAAUCGAGCGCGCUAUCUGCUGCGCGAGGACAAUGUCACCCACAUGGAGUUCAACCAGGCGGGCUUCAUUGUCAAGUGCAAGCAGCGACGUCUGCUGCUGCUCAACGACAAGGUCAUCUGCGUGUCCGUUGCGCCCAAGCAGUCCCACGACUUUGGCGCCACUGAGAAGCUCACCUUCAAAUGGAUGUUUCCAGUCAACGAUGUCGAAAUUGUGGACAACAGUGCAUCCGCGACCCUAUCAAGAAUACUAACAGCAGGUUUGAAUCGUGGCGGCAGUCUCAAGUCUAAUGGCAGCACUGGCAACGCCAACAGCGCCGGCGCCUAUACCAAUGCAACGCUCGGCGGACAUGGCCAUGGCCAUGGCCAGGCUGGGCUAACUGGUUUGGGCUCGCCAUUUGCCGCCGUGGAUGCGCACAGCUCGCCAGCCGCACAGCUCACGAACGGCGCGGACAAUCUGUGCAACGAGAUGAGCACCCUGAUGUACGACUAUGAAGUUAUAUCACGCAUACACGACCUGGUCGGCACUCUCAAGGGCAGCUACAAGGAGCUUAACUCGAACACAACACGCAACGUGCUCAAUACCAUACAGGGCUCCAUACAGCGCAAGGACGAGGAGAUGGCCUGGGUGGACUCCUGCUGCUUGCAGCUUAUUGGUCGCCACAAGUCCGGCAAGGAGGAGACUUUCACUUUUCAAACUCAAACGCCCAAUGUGAAGAAGGAGUGGAUCACCGAGUUGAGACUUGCCCAGCUUGCGCUCGAUCCGAACAACUCGCCCGCCUGGGAGCGCUCAGUCUCGCAGCCACAUCAUGCGCAUUCGCAUCACCAGCAUCCCAAUGCCCAUGCCUCGCAAUCACCCGGCAGUCCGCAGGCCACGCUGCACACCUACGAGCAGCAGCAGCUCCAAGAAGCUGUCCAGCAGAAGCAGUCGCGCAAGAUGCCGCUAUUUGUCAAGGCGAUGCCCGUCUACCGGUCACAGCAUCAAACGGAGGUGCGCUGUGGAUGCUAUUACAGCAUCGCCAAUGACACAAAGCAGAGCGGGAAUGCGCGACGCCGGCACAAGCAGUUGAACUAUCUCUGGAUGUGCAGCAGCGAUGGCACAUCAUCGCACAUCACUGUGCUGGCCCAGCAUCCGCAGCAGGCUGGCAACUUGCGUGAGGCGGGCUCCUUUGACUUGGUGGAGACGCAGGUGUCGGCACUGGAGUUUGUGAAGGGUCUGGAUCAGUGCCGCACGCGUGAGGAGCAUAGCAGCCUCUUGGGCGAUCUCGUUUGGCUAGGCACGGACAGUCGCAAGCUGCUCAUUUACUCGGCGCGCAAUCCCGAGCAGGAGGAGCAGCUGGGCAGCUAUGCGGUGCCCGGCGCAGUGCAGCGCAUUCUCUACCACUUCGAUGCUGUUUAUGUGUCGUUGUCGAAUGCGACCGUCUUGAUCUAUAGGCGUGCCCAUGACGGUGUCUGGCAGCUGCGCGAUCCGCAGCAUGUGUCACUCGGCGACUCUGGCAUGUCCGUGCCGAGCAUGCUGCCCAUCAACAUGAAUAUAUAUGCGUCAUGCAGCAAUCGCGUCUACGUGCUCAACGCCCUCAACGGAGAGCUGCAGCGCAGCUUUGAGGUGCAGCACGGCGCCAGUCAGCAGGUCAAUCUGAUGGCGCACUCCGGCAUCGGUCUCUGGAUAUCGCUGAAAAACUCGACAAUGCUUUGUCUCUACCACACAGAGACCUUCAAGCAUUUGCAGGACAUCAACAUUGCCUCCAGCGUGCUGCGCUAUGAUGCCAAAAAGGAGCAGCCGCUGAACAAUAGCUCCAUCUACGUGACAGCUUUGAUGGCUUGCAAGGGUCUACUGUGGGUUGGCACGAAUGUGGGCAUCGCUGUUACCAUACCAUUGCCCCGGCUGGAGGGUGUCCCCAUUAUCAGUGGUGGCAUUAAUAUGUCCUGCCACGCCCACUUUGGCCCGAUCACGUUCCUCCUGCCACUCAUACCGAAAGUUUAUCCAUCGUACAAGCCAAUGGCCGGCGCAACAGUGUCAGCUCCGCUGGUGCCCACUGUGCCGAGCAUGGGCGAGGAUCUGCAGCUGCCCGCCAUCGAUGCGGAUCCCAAAAAGCUAGCCGAAACGGAUCUAGAAGAGAGCACAGUCAUCUUACGUCGCGAUCUGGCCAAAGAGGAGACUGGAGCUACUCCCAGCUCUCAACCUGGCCCUGUCUCUGGCUCUGGCUCUGGCCCGACGACGCCUGCUGCUUCCAUUCAGCGCGAUCCAAGCGUCGAGGCAACAACAGACUCUAGUGUGGCAGCGACCAACCUGUCGGCUGCCUCUUCGCCGCGCUGCUCUAAGCUGGACAAACAGCACUCGCUGGACCAAAGUUUCACCGCCAAGAUACGCGCCUCGCUCGCCAACUCGCCCGCAUUCCAUCGCAAACGGUUUCGGGACUUGGGUACUGGCAGCGGCAGCGGCAGCACUGAUUCAACUUCUCGCAUGUCCAAGACACUGCCGCGUGGCCUUGGCUCUGCAGCAGCAGCAGCUGCUGCUGCCAACGGUGCAUCUGGACUGCAUUCGAAUGCCACGGCGCUGUCGCAGCAUGGCGAGCACGGCUACUGCGAUGUGUAUGGGCUCUAUGGCAAGCUGAUAUUCGUGAAGGAGAAUUACGACGCCGAAGAGGGCACGCAGGGCAACCUUAUGGACAUGAUGUACGAGGGCAUGCGACGCUCUGAUCCUGAGCUGGCUGCCAUACCCGGCAAGGUAUGUACCCUGGACAGGCGUCUGCGCAUGAAGGCUUCGCGACCGCGCUCGCUUGACCUUUCCAAUUGGUCGGUGGACUCGAAGUCGUCCAGCUUGUAUACGUCGUCGGGCAGUGAGGAGAGCAUGGGCAUACGCCUCUUUGGCGGACGCUCUGUAUCGCGCAACAGCAGCAGCGCCAGCCACAAGACCUCCGGCACUGGCAGCGAUCUGGGCAACAUAUCGGAGAACGGCCUGAUGACCACCGCCGACAUACACCACCAGCAUCAGUCGAAUAGCGCGCCCAAGUCCGAAGACGGCUUCAAGCACAUGCAGGCGGCUGCCUCUGACAAGCAAGCGGCGCCUGCAGCAGUUGCCACAUUGAAGCGCAAGCAGAAGCAGAACUCGAAGCAGCAGCAGCAGCAAAACGCAGACGGACCACGUACAGUAAUCACCCUGAUGGGCGGCCGUGGCUAUUGGCGACAUGUGUGGUACAACAGCAGCGGCAACUCGCCCGGCCAAAAGGGCGGCUCCGGUAUUUGUGGCGCGGCUGGUGGCGCUGCCUCUGGCACGAGCGGCGGCAGCUCCGGCAGCUUCUCACCGCUAACGGCCAACUCCAACGAUGCGCAUAUCGUGGUGUGGGAGAAGAAGUUAUAAUCU